AUGACGCCGCCAUCGCCUCCUACUGCUGAUGUUCAGCAGCAGCAGCAGCAGCCCGUCAUCUCCGGCGAUGGGAAGCUCUAUUUCCAUAGAGUGCCCGAAUCGAUCGGUUCCGAAAGCCCGCGGUCAAUCAGGAGCUACCACAAGGGCAGCAGCGGCACGCUGACCGGCGGCGGCAUCAAGGCCAACUACUCGAAACAAGUGGACAUGAAACAGUACAAGGCGAAAAUCGACAAACGGCUCGGCCACUGCCUGCUCGCCUGUAUCGUCACCAUCGCUACCGUACUCUGCGUUUAUGGGCUGAUCCACCAGUCGGUGCACACCGAAUUGACGACGUACGUCAACAGGACACACCAGAUUGCGAACGAAAUGAAAACGGUGAUGCUGGACGACUACGGUAAAUUAGACAACAAGACGCUGGCCGCUAUGGAGGGUCAUAAUUGGAUGGAAGUGGAGGAAUUGGAGCACGAUGCGUAUUUAUUGGAUCAGACCCAUUCCAAAAUCUGGUGGCUCUUUUUCGGCAACGUGGUCGUCGCCAUCCUACUUACCCCGGUCCUUUUCCUCGUCCACUGCGGCUUCGUCGAGGGCAACGGGUUCAAGCUGGUGUACCGGAUAGUACUGCUGGCCUGUCUGAUCUGGCUGUUUGCCCAGUUCUUCUACCUGAUUCACCCGAUUUUGUUUGGGGCUGCUCGAUUCCCGGGGAUGGUCGACCGCUUAUUCGUGACCGGUUACCCGCGGGAUGAAUACCAACUGAACGACAUCAAAGAUGCUUUCUCGUGCGAAUGGGUCCCCGACCCGGUGCUGGUCCGAUUCGACCUACAGCUGGAAUGCCUGCCCCGGAUCAAAAACUCGCUGUUCCCGGCGUACGUGGCCAUCCUGUUGCUCGUCCUCGACGUGUUCCCCUUCAUUUUUGCGAUUUUCAUGUAUGCGUGGAGCGCUUGUAUCAAGGACCACAAACACGUGAACACCCUGCGCCAGCGCGUGAAUGUCAACAACCAGCGCAGAGUCCACCUCCCGCGACAUCAAGAAAACUACGUGCCGCCCAACCCGAAGCUUAUCCAUAUCCCGACCGACAAACACGGCCAAUACCUG